CUGGAGGGAGGUAGCCUUCUCAUUUCUUCUGCCUGAUUCCAUUUCUCGUGUCACAACUUAAAUGAUGGUGAAGCUCAGUGGACUGAGGAUUUGGAAAGAGCUCUACUUUGUGUGGAAGGACUUCUCAGGGAAGCAGAGCAUCCAGUGAGAUGCACCUACCUCACUGCCAGUCCCUCACGUCCAGACCUCAGCAUUAUUUGCUCCCUCCACCGGGACGCUGUGUGCCACCAGGGUUCACAGAACAGAAAGAGCCUCUGCCAAACCCUCCAGUGUCUCUUUGGAGAUGCCAAAAUCUUCUGGCUCUGAAGAGAAACGUCAGUGUCUGGGAACCUGCAGAAUGUCCUCCAGGGAUUUGGCAACAGGCUUAGUCAUCUUGUCCCAGACUGUAGUUGGGGUGCUGGGGAAUUUCUCUCUUCUCUACCGUCACAUCUUUCUUUAUGUCACUGGAUGCAGGUUAAGGUCCAUAGAUUUGCUUCUCAAGAACCUGAUUGUAGCCAACUCCUUGUCCAUCCUCACUUGUGGAGUCCCCAGGACAAUGGCGGCAUUUGGGUUGAAAGAUUUCCUCAAUGAUACUGGAUGCAAACUUCUUCUCUACUUUCGCAGUGUUGGCAGGGGUGUGUGCAUUGGCAGCACCUGCCUCUUGAGUAUCUUCCAGGCCAUCACCAUCAGCCCCAAUAACUCCAGGUGGGCGGAGAUUAAAGUGAAAGCUCCCAAUUACUUCGGCCUCUCCAUAUCCCUGUGCUGGCUCCUCUACAUGCUGAUAAAUAUCAUUUUUCCUGUGUUUGUGACUGGCAAUUGGAGAAAUGAUAGCAUCAUAAAGAGAAAAGAUUUUGGGUACUGUUCUGCUAAAUAUCACGACAGAAGUGCAGACUCACUCUAUGCUGCAUUGUUAGCAUUCCCUGAUGCUCUGUGUUUGGGGCUCAUGCUCUGGGCCAGCGGCUCCAUGGUUUCCAUCCUGUACAGGCACAAGCAGCGGGUCCAACACAUCCACAGGACCAGCCUCUCCCCCAGGUCCUCCCCUGAGUCCAGAGCUACCCAAACCAUCCUUCUACUGGUGAGCACCUUUGUAUCCUUUUACACCAUCUCCUGCAUCUUUCAGAUUUGUAUUGCUCUGUUUGAUAAUCCUGGUUUGUUUCUGCUGCAGAUAGAUGCAAUAUUUGCUUUGUUUUUUCCAACUAUCAGCCCAUUUGUUCUCAUGGGCUGUGAUUCCAGUGUAUCUGGGGUCAGCCUUUCCUGCAGAAGGAAUAAAAAUUUCCCUAAUUCCAUCAGAUAUAUAUAA